AUGAAGGCCUUUGAGAACAAGAGUCGUGACAAUUUAAAUGAUGUUUACCCGGACCGCUUACGGAAUGGCACACACACAUAUUUCGUUAAUAUGAAGAGUGUCACCUCGCUCGAAGGGGAUGUAAAGGGUAUUGAAAACGGAGAAGGGCUAGCCCUCUUUUUGCCCGGCGGACCAGACUGGUCCGGCGAUUUAUGCUUGCCGAGGGUGCCAGGCAGCGACUCUGGAGAGCCUGGUGGGGCCAGUGGUCCCCUUGCCCCCGGCUCCGGUCCCCUUGGCCGCAGCUCCAGUAAGCGCACCGCAGCCCGUGCCACGUUCACCCGAGCUUCUGCCAAGCGCCCCGGUGUCGCGACCACGUGCUCCGGAGUCGCGACCAUGGGCACCGGAGCUGCAGCCAACGGGACCGAAGCCGCGGCCACGUGCCCUGGAGCUGCGGCUAAGGGCACUGGAGCUGCGACUAUGGGCACCGGAUCCGCGGCUGGCUGGGGCUCUGGUCCCCUUGGCCCCGGCUCUGGUGCGCGUGGCUCCGGCUCUGGUGCGCGUGGCUCCGGCUCCGGUGCGCUUGCCGGGGGCUCCGAUGCGCGUGGUUGCGACUGCUGGGCGUGUGGCUGCGGCUCUAAGGCGCGUGGUGGGGGCUCCGGUACGCUUGCCGGGGGCCUGGUGGCGAUCGCGUCUUGA